CUCCUUUCUCCUACUCUUCCUUCACCACUGCCCAUUUCCAGCUCCAUUUCCUUCAUCAUAUCUUCCUCUGCGCAAUCAGAUACCUCCUAGCCAAAACCUUUAACUCCUUCAAUGGCAUCUUCUUCUUCUUCUUCCUCUGUUGCCCUCACCACCUUCUGUAUCCUCAUGCUUGAAAUUAUCUGCUCUUCAGGUGCAUCUCUUGGCUGUUCAUAUGGUUCAGCUCAAGUGAAGAUACUGUCCAGGUCAGUGCUUCUCAAUGAGCAGCAAAAUGUCUACCUCUUCUUGAAGCCUUUUCGGAGCUCAAGAUCAUGCAGAGCGAGGCAGCUCGCCGGCGAAUUCGUCAAUGGAGUCGUCGUGCCCAGCCUGCGGCUCAAUGUCAGUGCCGUCGUGGUCACGGCCGACGAGCGGCAGCUCGGUGCUCUGCACUGCACGCUGGAGUCGGUUCAGUCUACGCUUGCCGCCGCUGGAUUGGAUCGGAGCGUCAAGGUCUCGCCGGAGCUCUCGCUGCCUUCUCUGCGGGCCAUGGCGAGGAGCCACCGCGGCAAGAAGCAUUGGCGCAGGGUCGUGGAGUUCGUGAGGAGGUCAGGCUCGUUUGUUCUGGUGGAGAUGGGGACAGAAGGGAAGGGAGGGCUCGCCGUCGCCGAGGUGAUUCAACACGCCGUCGAUGAUGUCGCCGCCGCGUUCGACGAGGACGUCGGCGUGGUGUUCCGUCUCAAGAGCAGUGAGACUCUAAUGACCAGGCUGAUCGGCGAUGCCGUUAGGGGGAAGAGGUUGAUGGGUGUUCUUGCGGAGGUGUCGUCUCCCAGGCGGGAGCUCGCCGCGGCAAGGACGACGGCGCACGACGUGUUCGCGCCGGUUACCAACCCGACGACGAUGCCGGCGACCAAUCCGGUGACGGUGCCCGCGACGAACCCGGCGAUGAACCCGGUGACCCCGGGCAUCGUCACCGUGCCUUCGACCAACCCGGCCACCGGAUACUCCAACAACCCCAACCUCCCGCCGUUGUACCCGGAGCCGACGCCGGUGACGAUGCCCGACCCGACGACGACGACGACGCCCACGCCCUUCAUGAACCCGGUCACCGCGCCGACCAUGCCGUCGCCCGUGACGAACCCCACAACCCCGGUGACCAACCCGGCGACGACGCCGGCCGUCACCAACCCGACGACGACGCCCUACCCGUACCCGCAGCAAGGCGGCAUGCCGACGACGCCGAUAUACCAACCGCCGGCGACGAUGCCCGGCACGGUGCAGCCGGCGGCGCCGACGGUGGCGGGGCAGACCUGGUGCGUGGCCAAGACGGGGCUGAUGGACGCGGUGCUCCAGAACGGGCUGGACUACGCGUGCGGCAUCGGCGGCGCCGACUGCUCGGCGAUCCAGCCGAUGGGCAGCUGCUACAACCCCAACACCAUGCAAGCUCACGCCUCCUACGCCUUCAACAGCUACUUCCAGAGGAACCCCUCGCCGGCGAGCUGCGACUUCGGCGGCGCCGGCAUGCUCGUCAACACAAACCCAAGUUCAGGAACAUGCAUGUUUCAGACGUCGGCAGGCUACGGCGCCGGAUACAGCCCGGGGGUGUCGGGGACAGUGCCGGUGGGCGGCGCCGGCGUGACGCCGAUGGGACCGGCGGUGGGCGGCGUGACACCGAUGGGGCCGGCGGUGGGCGGCGUGACGCCGAUGGGGCCGGCGGCGGGCGGCGGGUCGGGGUCGACGGUGCUGAACGCGAACAGCCCCGGCGGCGGGAACUCGAUGUACGGCUCCGACAACCCGACGAGCCUCUCCGGCGGCGCGGCCUCGCUGUCCUGUGGCUGGGUGCUGUGCCUCAUCUGGAUAUUCACCUUUGCAUACGUCAAGGAGAAAGUGUAGCUUGUUCUUCUUCUUGCUGCUGCUGCUGCUGAUGUUUCAGUGUCAACUCUUGUAGUUGAUUCAGCUGUGUACAGAUGCAUAGAUAAUUUGGGUGAAUUCAUAGGGGACAAGGCUAGAUGUUUUGUGAGUUUCUCUGUAACCUGUAUAUGACUAUAUGAACUGGGCAGAAUGAUGCUUAGCCAUCAUAUAUGUUGUAGGUGAGCAUAGAGAUCCUUCUCUAUGGAGACAUGCUUGUUCUAGUGCUUGAUAUGAUAUCAGUUGAUACUGUUCUUGUUCUUGGCAGCUUUAUCUUUGCAUCUCUUCCAUGAUGAUACUA